UAAUAGAUUUCUUGCUUUCAUCCACAAUAAAGUUUACUAGUUUGGGGAGUGAAUAGCUCAUCAAUAAUCCAGGUGGUCAGCUGAUCUAGAAUAAAAACUGCUAGUAAAAUGGCUACUGCUGAGAGAUUAAAAAGAAGGCAAUUAGCUUCUACUAUAAGAAGAGUUUGCUGGAUAAAGCUAGCAGCAAACUUGGGAUAGGAUGAAGUAAGGCCUAUUGAAGGAUGUCUGGACGUGGAAAGAAAAAUGUGGUGGCUGCAAAACCUACACUUCUACCAAGGAAAACAAAGUCAGCAAAGGCUGGCCUGCAAUUCCCAGUGGGUCGAGUCCACCGACUUCUCAAAAGAGGGAACUAUGCUGAGAGAAUAGGUGCUGGUGCUCCGGUCUACCUUGCAGCCGUGCUAGAAUAUCUGACAGCUGAGAUAUUGGAACUGUCAGGAAAUGCUGCCCGGGAAAACAAGAAAGGCAGGAUUGGGCCACGACACAUCCAGCUGGCUGUGCGGAACGACGAAGAGCUGAACAAGCUGUUUGCUGAUGUGACCAUUGCUGAAGGAGGAGUUAUGCCCAACAUCCUUUCCCAGCUUCUUCCCAAGAAAACUCUUAAAGAGCCUUCACCAAGAGGAGAUGCUGCUGCUUCCCAAGAACAAUCCAGUAGCCACUGACUUACUCCUGCCUUUCCUUGUCUGGGCUUCUGUACUUGGUGACCAUUGACUCAUGUUUAUCAAUGCUCUAUAUAUGCUAACACUGCUAAAUAUUACUCAGGGUGAUCGUUUUAAUGGUUUGUAUGUGUUUUAGAUAUUUGUAAUAAACUUUAUAGAAUUCAGCAGUUGA